AUGAUCAGUCGUAACAUAGAAGCGGUCUCCGAAAAAUCGCGGCGAUUUUUAGAACAGGCCCAGUUGCUAUGUCAUGAAUCCAACACCCAAUUGUCUUUGGUUAAGACAAGAAUACGGGAUUGGCAAAAGUACAGGUCCAAACUACUGUUUAUUUUGGAUUGUAUAACCGAACAAUGCACCUAUUUAACUAAUGUGUUGUUAAAAAAUGGGAUUGGGAAAAAGCUCAUCGAUAAUCAAUGGCGCAGGGCGAUUCUUGUAGAUCUGGCAGACGAGAUGGAACACUGGCAGAAAGACAUCCAAAAUAUGAUCAAAAAACUGGAUAGUGUGCACAACUCGUUAGAAAAAGAGCGGGACUCUACUUUGGGUGACUUCAUUUCCAGAGAUAACUCUCAUGUUCUUGACGACAAACUGAACGAGCUUCCGGUCAUACGCAAGCAAGUUGAAAACAUCUCGCGGCAAUACCAGCAAACGGUUACUAAGGUUCAGCUUCAGUUGAUAGAAACCAAGCUAAAGAAAGUGGAAAAUGAAUUUAUCGUCAAGUUCGGAGAUCAGAAUGAAACGAAUAUAAGAUUGGAUGAGCAGUUCACUACGGAAGCAGAACAGCGGGUCCACGAGCUUGCAGAUUUUCUCAAGUCAUUCACAGAUCAUUUUGAUAAAUGUAGCAUCUUGAUGUCAGGAACGCUGACACCGACAGAAAGUAAAUCACUCUACGAGAUAGUGGAACGCGACGAUAAGGAGCUUCCUGCCAUCGAAUCGUCUCUGCAUGAAGCUUUUAAAGAGGCUUUCAGUUUUGCUGAGGAGGUAAAUGCACUUUUGGACACGAAAGAAGCAGAAAAGGCAGAAAUAGAGGCUUUAGUGAUGAAAAUACUAGCGGAUCUGCAGAAGCAUGAGGAAUAUAUCUCCGUAUUUGAGGGGAUCUCUAAGCUUAUAGAGAGGUUCAAAAACUCGUGUUUGGAUAGUGUCCGGCAAACUAAAGAACUACUAGGCUUCUACGUCAACUUCGAAAACAGCUACUACAGGCUGCUAGCUGAGGUGAAAAGACGACAAGGAGCAGCAGAAAAAAUGGCAGAAAUCCUAACAAACUGUGAGGCUCAGCUGAAGAAAUUGGAUGCGGCAGAUAUUCGAGAACGGCAAAUGUUUUUACUUGAAAAUGGGGAUUUUCUUCCGGAGACCAUUUGGCCCAAUGAAAUCGGCAACCUCUCUUCCUUGUACACCCUUGAUUACCACGUAAGAAAUGUUUGA